AAUGGAUAAUUAUAAGAAAUACCUCUUUGAUGAGAAAUUUCAAGAACCUUAACCUCGCAAUACCUAUUCAUUUUAAGCUUAAGAAAGCUAAGAAGAAUAAUAAAUAGAAUCAAACUUUGAUGAUGAGUAUAAAAGAGAUUUUCUAUCAAAUCAAAUAAAAAAUGUAAAAGAGAAACUCAUAAUGAUGGGUUUUCCACCUUUAGGAGAUUUAUAUAGUAAUAAUAACUCUGAAGUAGAUCUCACAAUUAAAUUGUAUUAGUUUAUUAUAUAUAAAAUAGAUUAGUUGCAAUUAUAAAAUAAAGAAGGGAAGAUAUGGAUUUCAAAAACUCAUAUCAUGAGAAAAUGAGUAAAAUUGAAGCAGAGAAAUAAUAGUUAUCUUAAAAUUUAGAAAGAGUUACUAAUAAUCGUAAAAUACUUGAAUAAGAAAAUGCUAAUUUAUAAGCAAAAAUUAAAAGUGCAGAGAAGGUUUAGAAAGAAUAAAUGUAUAUAUAGUAUUUAUUAAUUUAGAAAUAAAUUAAUGGCAGAAAAGGAAGACUAUUAAAAAUAAUUAUCAAAAUUAUAAAGUCGUUCAACUUAAUUUGAACAUGAAUUAAAAUAACGUGAUCUUGAAAUUUAAAAGAUUAAGGAACACAUUAAAAAAUAAUAAUCAUCUAAAACUUAUAAAAAUAGUGUAGAGAUUACAUAAACAAUAGAAUAAGGAGGACCUAGUUUAUUUGCUGCCAAUGGAGAAUAUGAAUUUAGUUAACUUGUAAUGAAAAAAUGGGAAGAAGUCAAUAAUAAAUUAUUAAGAGAAAAUGAAUAAUUAAGAGAGAAUUUAAUUAAAAUUCAUAAUGAAUUAGGUGAAAUCCUUUAAAUUAGAAGAGAAGUUUAUUUAAAAAGAAGAAAAAUAGAUUUUGGAGAUGAAAAUAUUCCUUAAGAAUUAGAUAAUCCUUUAUAAAAUAUGCAUCAAUUUAAAACUGAUUUGUAUAAAGCUCCAUUAGAAACAAAUGGUAAAUAAGCCAUUUAAAUGCUUACAGAAAAUUUAUAAACUUUUAAAGAAUUAAUGAAGAAAUUUGAUUAAUAAUAUGAGUUGCAAAUGAAUGAAGAUGAUAUUGAAAUUGAAGGAGAAGGUGGAAAGAUUAAGGCUUGUAAAAAUUUGACAGAAUUAUUUAAGAAUUAUAAUUAUAUAUUUGAUGCCUAAGAUAAAAUGAUUAGUUAAAUUAUCAAUAAGAGUUAAAAUCUAAAGAAAAUUGAUGAAUUAAACUUUAAUUUGAAUAGAUUUAAUAGAGUAUUAGAUGAUAAAUAGAUUGAUGAUGUAAAGAAGUAUUUAUAAGAUCAAAAGAAAUAUUUGGAUGAGUCUAAAAAUGAAAUGGAUAUGAUUAAGAAAUAAUUUUAAUAAUAAUUGAAAAAAAGAGAAGAAGAAAAAUAAAUAAUUUAGGUAUUAAAUUAGUUUGAUUUUUAAUUUAGAUGAAAAAAUAAAUGCUUGAAGAGACUAAUGAGAAAUUUAAAGAAAAUAUUAGAUUAUUAGAAAAUGCAAGCAGAUAGGCCCUUCAAUAACUUAAUUAAGAAUACAAGUGA